GUGUACUCGAGUUCUUAUGAGGGGCAUGUGCAGCACAUCGAAUGGACGUUGCAUGCAUUGAGGGAUGUCGGUUUCAAGGUGGCACUUGAGAAAUGCCAGUUCUUUCUCACCACCAUUUCCUUCCUAGGACACGUGGUGACAGACCAGGGACUCGGACCGGAAUCUCAAAAGGUGGCAACUGUGAGAGACGCCCCUGUGCCCACGACUAUCACGCAAGUUCGCGCCUUUCUGGGCCUGAUCUCUUACUACUGAAGGGCUUCGCGGCGAUUGCGGGUCCCCUCACAAAUCUGUCGAAAAAGGAUCAACCGUUGAUUUGGACGUCGGAGUGUGAUCAAGCGUUUUCAAAACUCAAGGCAACUCUUAUUUCGGCCCCGGUCCUUAUAAGGUCGGAUCCCGAAAAGCCUUUUGUCCUCAUCACGGACUGGCAGCCGGAAGCGAUUUCAGCGAUCUUGGCCCAGGUGGGACCGAGCGAGCUCGAAUACGUGGUGGAAUACGCGUCUAAGUCGGUGCCUGCCUGCAAGCGCAAUUACGCCGCCCCGACAGGAGAAUGCUAUGCGGUUCUGUGGGGAAUCAGUCACUUUCGAGUCUAUCUGUAUGGGCGGAAGUUCACGCUGGUGACUGAUCAUGAGCCAUUAUUAACCUUGAAGAAAUCUAAGGAUUACUCGGGCAUGAUCGGACGAUGGGCGACGGUGCUGCAGAGCAUGGACUUUGACAUUCGUCAUAGGAAGCACGAGAGGCACGGGAAUGUUGACGGGUUGACACGACUGCACCGACCCGAGAAGGUCCCCAAGAGCGAGGAGGUGAUUCUGUGGAACGAGCCGAAGGAUGAGAACGGACCGCGUGACGAGAGUCCGGCUCCGCACGUCCUUACGUGGACAUUGGCACCGUAUCGUCAGUGGACUGCAUGCUUGGAGGAACCAGGGAGUGAAAGCGCCCUGCCGUCCCAGCAGGAGUACUUGAAGCCGUACGGAAUCAUCAAUCUUGCCUUCUAUCCGAAGCAAGAUACGUCCGAGGAGGCGGUUGAAGGAGAAGGAGAAGAAGAAGCCACCGAAGAAGAGGGCGACGCCGAAGAAGAAACGUCGGAGGAGGGGAGUCAUAGUGAGCACAGCGAAGGGAAGCAGAGUGUAGAGAAGGAAGAGGAAGAAGACGACGAAGAGGAGGAAGUCGGAUCGGAGUGGGAAGCCUUGCCGGAAGAAGCGGCGCCUACAGGCACAGGGGCGGAAGAUCCCGAGGCUGCACGUAAGAGGGAAGAGAUCGCCGCCGGGAAAAGGCAGCUGGAGCUCGCCAGCGGGGCGAACCUGAGCAUCAACGACGACACGAUCCGGGAUCCGGAGCCCCCCAAGCCCGAAGAUGGUGACCCUGCGGCCACGACUCCGAGCGCAUCGUGACGGAGACGGAGCCGAUCCCCUUCCCCCUCCACCUCAGCCCGUCCCCCAGUUCGUCCACGUACCGAUGCGGGGGAUCGG